UAAAGGACUCUGAUUCUGAGGGACAUCACAGCAUUAUCAACCACGACGACCAGAUAGGCCUGGGAAUCAUUCGGUGAACUGUAUCGCGAACGUCCUUCAUACUCAAAGCUAACACGUCUACUCAAGUGACUUCCGAUGAAGGAUGAUGCACCCCAGUCGUCCUCACGGAUUAGUUCUAUUUGGUCUGCGUUCCGGCGACUUAGCUGCCGUAACCAACGCCGUGCAUUUGAUGCUAUUUCAAUUAUCGGCAGCGAUACUUCUACCCUCGUAGAUCCAGGGCCGUGUGUCGUGAACGAUCUAUCCGACGCAUUGCUCUUCAGCAUCUUUGAAGUCGCUAGCGACUCUUAUGGCCAAAGCUAUCCCUCCGUGGUGAGAAGAAUAUGCCACGUCAAUCGCCGUUGGCGAAAGAUCGCUAUAUCGUCUCCAAAGUUAUGGCGGCACAUCGACGCUAUAGUCCCAAAUGUUUACAACCAGCUUGCGUUGAUUAACAUACAUCUAAUUAGGGCGUACCCACUCACAGUCGACUUACGGCUGGCCCUUCCUAACGUCGAAGCUAAAUGGGCCCUGCUCCUUGUGCCCAUAACCUACUCUUCCUCCCGCUGGCGGGUGCUCUCCGUCCAUGUCGAUUGUGAUUCCGACGGGGGACAGCACACUCUCGUUCGACAUUUCCGCACAUCCCAUUUCCCCAAUCUCGAACAUUUCUCUAUCAUCCGUUACUCCGACGUUUCAUCUUGCAACUGCUUUGUGCAGCAGGACCUUGGCGGGAACAUCCUCAUAGAGGGUUCAACGAAACUCUCGAGUGUACGUUUACAGCAUUCCUCGAUUCCUCAUCUUCUUCCACCGCCACAGGCUAUCAGCGCACUGCAUCUAGAGCAGUUCGGAGAAUAUUCUAUCGAAUACGGGGCCUUCCGACGGCUUAUAAUGGGAUUGCCGUCGUUGGCGAACCUAUCGAUCUAUGGGAACUUUGUUGAUGGUUGGACCAAAUCGGGAGAUUUAGACAUUCCUAACCUCCGAGCGUUGAGGUUGUGUAACAACGAAGCAUUGAGUGCCCUGUUACAGUCUAUUCACGCCCCGAACUUGGAGAGCCUAGAACUUCAUGGGGUAUGGGACUCUCAUCUUCGGGAGUUCCUUCAUAUGCGCGAGACAGCAUAUGAGACCAGUGUUCAUUAUUUGAUGCUGAAGGGUUGUCGACUGUCGACAGAUUCUCUUUGUGCACUCUUCAAGGAUUUCGCAGGGACGGAGAGGGUUGAUAUUCUCGAUGAUUACGCCGACAUGGUCAUGGAUUUGCUCUUACGCGACGAUGACUUGCUGCCAUCUCUGCAUACCAUCUCGGUUCACAAACUGAUGGAUGCUAGGAAGCUUGUUAUGGCACGCAGUGUGAUCUUUCGACUGCAUUUCGAUGUUGAUGCUGUGCCGUUGCAUGGUGAGGUCGUGAGAUGGGAUCAGCUGGAUCCAUGGACCACGACUACGGAAUUUUGCGACCGGGACGACUUUAUGACGAGGAUCUCUCAACAUCGUCUUCGCGAAGAUGACCGGAAGCUGAUGAGGGUCGGGUCGAAAGGUUGAGGGAAAUGUUUAGUCAGGAUCUGAUCAUUCUGGGUCCCAGUCAAUGCAAAGCCAGUAGGAUGGAUUCCAUGGCUAAGAACUGAGCUCAAUGAUGAUGCUGAAGAUACUGAUUAGACUGAAUUCUUGGCUCUGACGCCAGGGGGGUCCUUAGCCAGUCUCGAGUCGUAACAAGAAGAUAAUUAUUGCGGAUUCAGAUGAUGUAGAUUGAGGUGUCUGCUCAGCGGUUACAAUGCAGAGGUUAAAUAAUAUCCUCAAGAGUACUCCAUUAUCCAGUCAGGUCCGGGAUAAAUUAGGGACAUUCAUAUUUCCCACGGUUAUCCUUUUGGAAAGCCGAAGCAACGUACUGGCGGGGGGCUUCAUUGAUUGCCAGUACUGGAAACAUCACUGGCCCCGCAGCUCCUGCGUCAAGCCAGAUCCAACCGGAUGUCAAGCGUCCUGGUUAUCAUCUUUCUAGGUCUGUUCCACUUCCCUCGAGUCAU